AUGAUGGACGUCGACACCGUCAACGAGGUCAUCGAGUGCGUCGGCCGCCUCUUUGACCACAUUCCCUACGCCGUCUGCGGUACCGCCGCCCUCAUCUACUACGGCUACCGCUCCUACUUUCCCGACCACAUCAGCAUCACCUGUCCCGAAGAGUCCAAGGAAGCCAUUCGCUGCUGGGCGCUGGCCAAGGGCAUGACACCAUUGCCCGACAAUCCCGAUGGCUUCAGCGUGCGCGUCGCCAGCGGCCGCACAUGCCCCGUGUGCAUCAAGUUCAUGAAGAACGGCUUCGAGGCGCUGGAGCGAGUGCGCGUUGGCCCUGGCCAGGCGAGCAUGGUGACGCUGCCUAGUAUCGCCAACACCAUUGCUCGCAGCUAUGUCUCUCGCCUACACAACUCGUCCACCGAGCGCCAGGCCAUCUAUGCACGAUACUUGGUCUGGAUCUUGAAGCGCAUGGCCGAGGUCCCGCCAACGGAUCCGAUACAGCGCUUUACUCCGGAACGCGCCAAAGACAUUAUUAAUCGAUCCUUCUGGAUCCCCUUUACUCUCUCGUAUCCUGAGACUCUACCUCUAUUUUCUGCUGCCGGCCUCGACGUCCCAAGUGAUGGCGGGUUAAUGGACGGAUUAAUGGACGGGUUAAUGGACUGGCAGAAUGAUGUCCCAAGCGUGCCGGUUCAACGACCGAGGGCUAGGACGUCUACCAGCCGUUACAGCCUCAACAACUCCCAUGGCCGCAGCCAAAGCCACAACUUUGCCAAUAGCUACAACUACAACUACAGCCAGAGCCAGACCCGCCAGAGCCUUCACGACUCGGAUUUUUCAGAAUCUGAGAACAGCACCACGCCGCCAUCUCUCCGUAGGGUCACCAAGCGGAUAUCGAGCUUCCGCCCACUAAUGGUACCUUCAUUCAACUCGCCGGCGACUUCCGAUUCAGGAUUUUCUGGUUCCACCGACGGCAUGUCACCGCAAUUCCUUCUUGCUUCUCCAUUCAUGUCGCCCACCACAUUCAUGUCGCCCACCACAGCCAUGGCACCGCCGCCGUUUACGAAUUAUCAUCAAAACUAUCACCAGAACUAUCAUCAAAACUAUCACCAGAACUAUCACCAGAACUACCAUCAGAACUACCAUCAGAACUAUCAUCAGAACUAUCAUCAGAACUAUCAUCAGAACUAUCAUCAGAACUAUCAUCAGAAUUUCCAUCACUUUAUGCCUCUCUCUCCCUCCGACUCGACGCCUUUUGUCCAACCGUUAGGUCCUCCGCCUACGCCAAGGAGAACGCUAUCAACUCGUUCCCGCGACGUAAGACCGUGGAUAUGA